ACGGAACGCCAAAUGCGCCUCCAACACGAUAUGCGCAAUCGCCUCUACAUGAGGAGGAGUUAAUCUGCUCUCUAUUCGGACCCCUAGCGUAUCUUCUCUCUCUCCUGCACGCCAAUUUGGGGGUGCAAGUCUUGUCCUUCUUGCACCAACUUCAUCUCGACAUCGGUCUAGGCUGUGACCCAUCACUACAGUCAUGGCACCCAAAAAGAACAAGGCCGCUAAAAAGAACAAAGCUGAUAUCAAUGAGAUGACAAUUAUGGUAGAAGACAGUCCCUCCAACAAAAUCAAUGGGCUCAACACUCUUCUGGAAGGUGGAAAUGGCUUUAGUUGCAUCUCAACUGAGGUCACCGACGCCACCUAUGCACCUAACCUCCUGGAGGGACUUGGCCACAUGAGGCAAGACAGCUUCCUCUGUGAUCUGGCCGUAGCCACCAAGUCCAAAUCCUUUGAUGUUCACAAGGUUGUGAUGGCUUCCUGCAGUGUGUACAUCCAAAACGUGCUCAGGAAAGAUCCGUCCCUCAAGAAGAUUGACCUCAACGAUUUAUCUCCAGUUGGUUUGGCUACAGUCAUCACAUAUGCUUAUUCUGGAAAGCUGACCUUGUCUUUGUACACCAUUGGCAGCACGAUCUCAGCAGCCAUGCUGUUGCAGAUCCAUACUUUGGUGAAGAUGUGCAGCGAUUUCCUGAUGCGAGAGAUCAGCGUGGAGAACUGUAUGUACAUCGUCAACAUUGCCGACACGUACAAUCUGAAGGAGACAAAAGAAUCAGCACAGAAGUUCAUGCGGGAGAACUUCAUCGAGUUCUCUGAGAUGGAACAGUUCCUGAAGCUCACCUAUGAGCAAAUCAGUGAAUUUCUCAUGGAUGACUCACUUCAUUUGCCUUCGGAGCUCACAGCUUUCCAGAUUGCAAUUAAGUGGUUAGACUUUGACGAGAAGAGGCUAAAGUAUGCUCCUGAUCUGUUGUCCAACAUUCGCUUUGGAACCAUCUCACCCCAGGACCUUGUUAGUCACGUACAGACCGUACCUAGAAUGAUGCAAGAUUCGGAGUGCCACCGUCUGCUGGUUGAUGCCAUGAAUUACCAUCUGUUGCCAUUCCAACAGAACAUUCUGCAGUCCAGAAGGACCAAGGUUCGUGGUGGCCUCCGAGUGCUGCUCACUGUGGGUGGACGACCUGCCCUAACCGAGAAAUCUCUCAGCAAGGACAUUCUCUACCGAGAUGAGGACAACAUCUGGAACAAGCUAACGGAAAUGCCUGCAAAGAGCUUCAACCAGUGUGUAGCUGUUUUGGAUGGCUUUCUUUACGUGGCUGGUGGCGAAGACCAGAAUGAUGCAAGGAAUCAAGCGAAACAUGCCGUUAGCAAUUUCUGCAGAUAUGACCCCCGAUUCAACUCAUGGAUCCACCUGGCUAACAUGAUUCAAAAGCGCACUCAUUUCAGCCUCAACACCUUCAACGGUCUCUUGUUCGCUGUAGGCGGACGCAAUUCCGAUGGCUGCCAGGCAUCUGUUGAGUGCUACGUUCCAUCCUCAAACCAAUGGCAAAUGAAAGCUCCAAUGGAAGUCCCUAGAUGUUGCCAUGGCAGUACAGUUAUCGAUGGCAAGAUCUUGGUAACCGGCGGUUACAUUAACAAUGCCUACUCUCGUGCUGUAUGUUCUUAUGACCCAUCCACCGACAGCUGGCAGGAUAAGAACAGUUUAAGCACCCCGAGAGGAUGGCAUUGUUCCGUGACCGUCGUAAAUCACGCCUACGUUCUUGGCGGCAGCCAACUGGGUGGACGCGGCGAGAGGGUAGACGUCUUACCGGUUGAAUGUUACAACCCUCACUCUGGCCAGUGGAGCUAUGUCUCCCCCUUGCUUACGGGGGUGAGCACAGCAGGUGCUGCCACCUUGAAUAACAAGAUUUAUCUUCUAGGCGGCUGGAACGAGAUUGAGAAGAAGUAUAAAAAAUGUAUUCAGGUGUAUAACCCUGAUCUUAACGAAUGGACUGAGGAUGAUGAAUUGCCAGAGGCUACAGUUGGUAUCUCAUGUUCUGUUGUCACCAUCCCUACACGCAAAACACGAGAGUCGAGGGCCAGCUCCGUAUCGUCUGCGCCGGUUAGUAUAUAAGUGGCAUGGAGAGUUGUUAGGAAAUGUAACUGAAUUGCUAAUUGUAAUAUGAGUACAAAUUUGUUAAAGAUACAUUUUUCUUAGAGAUGUUUAGUGGAUUAAUUGCCACUUCAUAUGUUCUCAGAAUGUUGAAUGUCAAAACACAAUUUUGAAAACCGCAAAGUUAAAUUGUGUAUUCAAGUUAACAAUUAUGAUGCAUUAUUUUUAGGACACACAAAAGAAUCUGAGUGUCUGUUUUGACAAUUGUUAAAGACUGCUGUAUUGAAAGAUGGUUCAGUGGGAACAGUGAAAGUUAGAGAGAUUUCUUUUGGAAUUUGAUUUGUUUCUUAUAAAGUGUGUGGUAUAAAAAUCCAAAAACAGUUAUCUUUAUUUACAGUUAUAACUUUCUUUGGAAAGUUAUUUUUUAAAUGGGGCCAAUUCUCCAACAAUAAUUUGAUUAGUCCCUUAAUAUAACUAUUGAUUAAUUCAACUGAAAUGCAAUGGGUGAAAACUGAGGUAAUUACAAUAAUGCACACUAUCCAAAUAUAUUAGACAUACUCUAAUUAUCAAACAAUGAAAUGACCUGAAGAAAAAAAAAAUAGUUGCAGGUAUUUAUAAUCACAAAUUUAUUUUCCAGUGUUGCCAUUCUUAUUGCACUGUACACAUGUAUGUUUGUAGUUCAUACAGUACAUGCAUAAGAUUAUACUACUGAAACAUGAAAUAGAUUGCUUGAGAAAGCCAUGUUUUUCAUUUCACCUAAACCUGCCUACCAGGAGUAGUUGUGGUAAAACCAGGUAGUUUAUUCAAAUGUACGAUAUAGCAACGCAGUCCUGAUUUGGCUCUUAGGAAACCUAUAGCCUAUAAUUUAGUUUACACUGUGAAAAUACAAAUGCAGACAUGUUUAAAAGGUUAUGUUGUAAAGAACACUGAAUGGGGCAGAAAAGGAUUUACAGUGGUGGCAUGUUUUGUAAAUUGAAUAAAUAAUUGUGAAUUAGAUUUAUGCGAAGUGUUAGCAUCUUUGUUUGCAGAUGAAUAAAAUGAUAUGUUCAGGCUGGAAAACAUUGUACUUAGGUAUUCAAAAAUAUGUGACAACUGCACACUAAUUUAUUACAUUUAAUAACAUAUUGCUUAUUUAAGGUAAAUCAAUUGUUUGUAUUUACAAUAAUACAACUCUGCAUAUUUAUUAAAGGUUCUUAAGAAAUGUUGUUGUUGUGGAGAUAUUUUGACUGUAGGGCCCAAGCACUAAAGGUGCGAAGGCCCUAUUGUUCUUCUAAGGAUUAUUAGGGGUCCAAGCACCUAAGGUGCUGGAACCCUAUUGUAUUUGUUCCACUUUUCUUAUUAGGGGUCCAAGCACCAAAGGUGCUGGAACCCUAUGGUAUUUGUUCCGAUUUUCUUAUUAUUCAUAUUAGGGGUCCAAGCACCGAAGGUGCUGGAACCCUAUUGUAUUUGUUCCACUUUUCUUAUUAGGGGUCCAAGCACCAAAGGUGCUGGAACCCUAUGGUAUUUGUUCCGAUUUUCUUAUUAUUCAUAUUAGGGGUCCAAGCACCGAAGAUGCUUGAACCAUAUUGUAUCCGUUAGGAUUUUCUUAUUAGGGGUUCAAGCAUGAAGAGCAAGAAACCCUAUUGUUUUUGUCAUGAUUUUAGGGGUCCAAGCACCGAAGGUGCUGGAACCCUAUUGUAUUUGUUCCGAUUUUCUUAUUAGGGGGCCAAGCAGCGAAGCUUCUGGAACCCUAUUGUAAUUGUACUGAUUUUCUUCUUUUUCUUCUUUUUUUCUGCACUUAAAGUGUCUGGGCAUCAGAGACUAUAAGUUGUGGAGACACCAAACUUGGCAGGAUGAUCCCAAGAUCACUACUCAGGCGCACACAAACACACACCAAUCUGACCCUAGGUGGCGCUAUAAUAAACACUUGUACGUUUUGACUCGUAUCUCUGCAACCAUAAGGGCUAGAAUCAAAAUUUCUCUGAUUCCUUGAGUCAGGCCCAUACAAAAUGUAUAUCUCCGGGUUCAUUUCCGUCUAUAAUCUUUUCCCGCCAUUUUGAAUUUUUUGAAAAACCUACUUUUUCGAACUCCUCCUAGACCGUUUGUCGAUCAUCGUGCAAUUUGGUUUACAUCAUCUACAGACCCCCCUGACAUAAAGUUAUCAAAUGAAUUUUGAUACGUCAAAUCGUUCCGAAGAUAUUAACAAUACAGUUCCUUCAGUUUAACGUGAUUUGAGUAAUUGAUCAAUAUCUACUCAACACAAACUCCAUGAAAUGUCACACCAAAAUAUCUGUCCACAGCAUCCACAGGAUCUUUUCUGUCAAAUGUGAUUAUUUUGGUCAUCUCGCCAAAAUUUCUUUCUUCUUCUUCUUCUGCCUUAAAAGUGUCUGGGCAUCAGAGAACAUAAGUCGUACAGAUCCCAAAUUUGGCAGGAUGGUUUCAAAUCCCCCCACUAUUCAGGCACCCACACACACAUCCGUCAAACACUAGGUGGCACUAUAAUAAGCACCUUUUCGAACUGAAAAACCUACUUUUUUGAACUCGGCAUAGGGCGCUUGUCCGAUUUGCACAAAACUUGGUAUACAAAAUCUCCAGAUCCUCCAGACAAAAAGUUAUCAAAACAAUUUUGAUAUGUCAAAUCAUUCUGAAAAAUAUAAUCAAAUACCUUUUGGGCUGUGGCCCAUAAUAGCUAAUUGGCCUAUAACUUGUUAGCACAAUUUUCAAACUUAGCAAAACUUUUAUAAAAAACAUGGAAAAAGGAACAUUCUGAGGUCAGUUGCAAAAUUUCAUCAAUUUGGCAGCGCUAUAACAGAAGAAAUAGCUGUUUUUACAAUUAUAUUUUUAAUUAAUUAGAACUAUGGAGAAAGACAGGCUGUUUUACUGUUUUUCCACCAGAGGGAGUCACAUGACAAGAAAUUUCUUCAAAUAAUACUAACAGUUAUAUUCUGCCAUUCAGCCACUCCUUGUAAAUCAGAUAAAUAAAUUAUUAAAUUAACGGCUUUCUUCUUAAUUUCUCCUUUGGAAGAAUAGCUUCUGUUGUUCUUAUUUGUCAGUUACUUUGGAUGAAAGUGUCUGACUUUAUUAAGCCAGCUUCACGGGUGCACAUCAGUGGUCGCGUUCAUGCGGAUAUGAAAUGUUGCACAAAGUAUAGUGCGCGUUCAAGCCAUACUUCAUUUCAAAUGACUGUACGCACUGUUCCGCUAGUCCACCUAAUUACCUGUCAUUUCUUGACACUGCUUCAGUUCCCGCUCCAUUUUAAACCAUCUAGGUUCUGUCUGGUGGUAUUGAAUACCCACCUCCGACUUUGGAGCUGGCCAGUCAUAGUGAAGAUUUUGGGUUGGCACCUGGGAUGGCCAAUGGAGCGAACUUUCAGACAGCACUUAUUUAAAGGUCAUUGAAGUACGCAUAUACAUUUUUAAAAAAUUAAAUCACUUACACUCUCUACAUUUCAAAUAAGCUAUAGUUUUUGUAAUGCAAAAAUAAAACAAAAAAUGUUAAAACAAAAAUAUUAUUUAAAAACAAAGAGCUGCAUCAAUGCCAUAUAUAUAUAUUCUAUUUUUUUCCCCCUCUUGUCAUCUAUGGCAAAGCGGGCCAAAUCAAAGGUCAUCACGGGCCUUAGUUUGGGCACCUCUGAUAUAGAUCUUCUUGAAUUUCUUUAGAAAUGAAAACAAAGGCUGAGGAAUAGAUUUAAACCCUAUUCGGACAGGAUUAGUUUUAUAUGUGGAUGGGGGGGAAUUUAAUAUUUACCAGAGCUUCAGUCAUUUUAAUUCCUUUUCAUGUCACUAAUUUUACUGCACUGGUAAAAAGAAAUUUUAUCUCAAAUAAAAUUCCCUGUAAUAAUAAGCCUUGUUGAUAUUGAUAGCCUGUGAAUUGACACGUUGGUAAAAAGCCUGUAAAUCAGCACUUUUCGGCUAUGUUGGUUAACAAGAUGGCAGAAAAUGUAAGACGCUGCUGAGUUCACUCCACAAACCUACGUAAGAUUCCGAGUUGGGCUCUCUGCGUCAUUAUUCAAAACUGUUUGCAUCCAUAUGACCAAAGUAAGUUCAGAAUUGUUGCUUCUUCCCCAAAUACAAUUUAAUAUGUUAAUAUUGUGAUUGUAAACUGUGUGUAUCAACAACAUGCCAUUUGGCUUCUAAUGAAACUAAUUCAUUCACAAACUCACGCACUUAGGCAUAGUAACAGGAGAGUUUAUUCGUAAUAUGUCAACAAACAGCAUGAAAGUAGAGCUUGUGCCCGUAAUUGCACUAAUUUACACAACAGGGAAAAACAGCUGAAAAUAAUAAUCACACAGCGGUUUGGGAGACGUGGGUGAUGUUUUUAUUUUCUAAUUACUUUUUGUCUGCUUCUUCCCAAUGUCUUUCAGUCUUGCGCUCUCUAUUUCAUUGGCUGUUGUUUAUUGUUGAUCUCUCGCUUGUCAGCAUGAGUGCGCACACCUGACGUCUCCUCAGACAAAUUUCAAGCAGGUGAUACUUAUAAUAGCAGAGUAAACAGAUGAACCAGUGCAUACAAGAUGCUUGAGAGAUCUUUUUCAAAUGAAAAUCCCACUAUUUGUGCCACUUUUCCAUCACCCGUGUUGAAGAUAAGUGAAACUGACAUCUGCACUCUCACAGAAGCAGAUAUCUCAUGGACCAGCAACCUCUAGUUAUAGUUAAAAUCAAUUUUACAUUCUGAGGAAACGAUGGCUGUAAUACUACAGGAUAAGAAGUCCUUUUAGAUGGCAGAAUAACUUGUAUUUAUGUAUUAUAUAAAUGCAUAGAAAUGUAUCUGAACAACUAUGGUACACUGAAAAUUUCUUCUGAGUUUUAUAUAAUUAGUUUGCAAAGAAAUAUGUAAUCUCCAAAAUACUUGUAGAUAAUCAAAUGUCCCCUUAAUUUUUAUAUAUCCUAAAAAUAUGGAAAACAUAUUUGUCAAGUUGCCAGAUAUGAUUCAAUAUAUUGUUGUCCAACUAAAAUAAAGAGACAAUAUUAUUUGUUUAAUAAAAUAUUAUAUUUCUAUAAAGACACUUAUUUAGUGUUGUGAUAGGAAUAACAAAAUAAACACAAAAGUUCAAGCAUAUAAGUGUUCAUGAAAAGAGCAAAUUCUCAUGUAACCUCACCAGCCCAUAAGCAGAGACAGUCACUUGCUUUAUCAUUGCUGUACUGACCUCUGAUUAGUUGGCUAAUCCUAGUUUUCUGUACUCUUUCUAGCACAUUGUCUGCAGUAUCAUGACUUUUUGGUCUGUGUACUACUGUUGCACUGUUGUAGUUCUGUAUUAUUAUUUGUACAAAUGUUAUAAUAUUAGUAAUAUAAUUUUGCAGGCCACAUAACAUGUAAGCAUUCUGCAACAAUAAACUCCUUAAUCUGA